UGUACUCCACUACAUUAUUAAAAUGCGUGUCGUUACAUCCUUCCGAAUCUCUUGCAUACACAUUUUUUGGUCGACUGACGUUUUGGCGUUGCUGGCCAAUGCACGUUGAAACAGAUCGGAGAUCUGAUUGGUCAAAGAACUCACGCGCUCAGCGCGCGUUUUGAAACAACACAAGCGGAAGUGUGUACAUCGAAGGACACGGUGGACACCAAUAUCAAACAUGGACGAAGAGCCAACAACGUCGACGGAGCUUGAGCCUGUGCCCUGCAGCUCUGAUUCUGAGAGACAUCCCUGGCCUUAUUUAAGCAAGUUAUUUGAAUUUAAAGGUUCAAAGAAUGACUCCUGGCGUUUUCAAUGUGUCAAGUGCCUACCUCAACGCAAAGAACUGUUGGCGUUUAAAAACUCCCCUUCAAAUUUGAAGAAACAUAUAGAGAGAAAGCACAGACCACUUCUGAAGGAGUACUUGGCAGCAACUUCUUCUAAAAAGAAGGGGACAUUGUUUGCUGAUGGAGGUUCUUCAAUAAAGCAGCGAAAACUUGAGGACAUCAAAGCAUCUCAGAAGACCAUAGACCUUGCCGUGGUUAACUUUAUUGUCCAGGGUUUGCACCCUUUUGGAGUAGUAGAACAGACUGGGUUCAGCCCUGCAGAACUUGCUUUCUUGUCUGACUAUGCAUCAACCAUGAGCCCAGUCUCUAAGGCACUCAACAUAUUGCAGGGAGAGGUGGAUGUCCACAUGGGAUGGCUGGUACCCACUAUAACGCUCCUAACUGUGAAGCUGGACCGCCUCCAAACUUCAUCCAAGUUCUGCCAGCCACUGAUCUCUGCUCUUCAGGAAGGAAUACAGCAGCGGUUUGGAAAAAUGAUGAAUGACCCAGAACUCAUAUCUGCUGCAAUUUUACUUCCUAAGUUCCGCACAUCAUGGACAAGCAAUAAAAACUUGCUAAAGUUGGGCAUGGACUACAUCAAGACACACAUGGAGGAAGAGUCAGCCUUAUCAUCACCUGGUAGCCAUUCUGGAUCUGAGGAGGAAGACUUUUUUGGCCUUAUGAAGGGAAAUGUCCACGAAACCACAAAACAGUUGGAUGCCUAUCUGGCCAACACUUCUACCUCAAUGGACAUACUCAAGUCAGUGCCCGCAGUUUUUAAUUUGUCCCUGAAGCUCAACACACCACUGCCCGCAUCAGCAGCAUGCGAACGAAUGUUUAGCACAGCAGGGCACAUUUUUUCUGCAAAAAGAGGCAGGCUAGGAUCAAAAAACUUUGAGAACCAAAUUUUGUUGAAAUUGAACAAAAACUAUUGGUAA